ACACAGCACCUUUUUAGAAACAUAAAACACCUACACAGUGUUGACCAAUAGGAAAUAGAUCUAGGCUCACACUGUGGCAUACACACUGCCUAACCAUAGUGCUUUCUCCUAGGGGUUAGCUACGUUUGGGAGACGUUUCAAAUUGAUGUACAUUUAUUACGGUACAAAAUGGCCAGUGCUAAGUAUUUGAUUGUGCUAAUUGGCUGUUUAACAUUAGCCAGAGCUGCAAAAAGAGAAACACACAAUUUUCAUAAAGUCUGUGGAUUAGAAAACCCUAAUCACAAUUUUAUUGAUCUAAGUGAACCGCUAGAACCAGGACCUUUUCAUGACCUGACCACAAAUGAACUAGAAAGGUUGAAAACAUUUCUAGAGAGUAAUCCUGAUAGACAACUGUCCAAGCCUGAGAAUGCCAACUCUAGUGGCAGCAUCUUGCUAGCAGCAGACCUGCAUCUUCCACCCAAGCAAGACAUUUUAAAGUUUCUCGAGAGCAAAGGUCAGCAGCCAGAAAGAUGGGCAAGGGUGGUCAUCUUCAAGGGAGAAACCAUUCCUCACACUGUCAAAGAGUUGGUCUGUGGACCUCUGCCGAACGUUGAAAAAUGUGAAUUAUUGAAUUUAAAAUAUAGACAAAGUUUGAUCAACACUUUAAAAGGGAUUCCUAAAGCCUCCUUGAAGUACAGCGGCAGGAAAGAGGCAACUAGCGCUGAUCAGAUCAGAGAGACGUUGAGGUCUGAGCAGAGAGCUCCUUUACAAGUGGAGCCUGACGGGAAGCGUUACACCAUUAAAAACCAAGAGGUGCAGUACCUGGACUGGUCCUUCAGCUUUAGGGUGUCGCCAAUGACCGGCCCAGCCUUAUACAACGUCAAGUUCAAAGGAGACAGAAUAGCCUAUGAGAUAAGUCUGUCUCAAAUAGCCAUUCAGCAUUCUGUCCAGGGGGCAGACCUACCAUCUGACUCGGUCACAGACACAGAUGACGAUCUGUCACAUGGUGGUGUUCAGUCAAAAUCAUUGGUUGUAGGAGGUGAUUGCCCUGAGUACUCUACACUUAUCGAUCAGACAGUCCUUCGCUACGACCAGACGGAGACUAGAAAGUCUGCUUUGUGUCUGUUUGAAGUCAACAACGGACACCCGCUGAGAAGACAUUUAUCCUACAACAAAGAUGAAGGUGGAUUCUACGGUGGAUUGUUGGAUUCUGUCUUGACAUUAAGAGCUGGCGUGUCCCGGGGGAACUACGAGUACGUCCUGGACUUUACAUUUCAUCAGAACGGCAUCAUCGAAACACGUCUUAUGAAUACAGACUUAGAUUCGGUUCCACUGACCAGUGAACGAAACCAACCUAUAUAUGAGAUACACCAUCAUCUGGCCCAUUUUAAGGUUGACCUUGACAUUGCUGGCCCCAUCAACAGGUACAAGACACUGAAUGUAGUCAAAGAAGCCAUACCACUAAGACAGAAUCUGAGUGUUCUACAUUAUCAAACGAGAGUUGAGCAAGAGAUGAAGUCCACAGAGCUAGAGGCUGUGUAUGACUCCAACUUCAAUAACACCAAGUACCUCAUUGUGUACAGCGAGGACAGCAAGACAGUGUAUGGGGAGAACAGAGGCUACAGAAUUCUACUGAAUGCAAUGACAAAACAGCUCUUGCCACAAGGGAAGGAGUCGACCAUACCUUGGUCAGAGCACCAAAUGGUGGUCACAAAACAUUCGGACGAUGAAGUCUCCUCAAGCUCUAUGCUAUCCAUGUUUGAUGUGACGAACCCUGCCGUGGAUUUCAACCAGUUCUUUAAGGAUAAUGACAACAUUGUGGAUGAGGAUCUUGUAUUUUGGAUAACUCAAGGCAUGUACCACAUCGUGAGCUCAGAGGACAGACCGGCGACAACUACAGUGGGCAAUCAGAUGACCUUCUUUCUACUGCCCUACAACUAUUUCUCAGAGUGUCCCUCCAUGGGCUCUAGAGAUUCCUUGUAUGUGACAUACAAAGAUCGUAACAAUAUUAAACUUGGACUUACAGUGGACAGGGGAGAUAACAGCCGUGAACCUUGUGUUCUUCCCCCUACAAGCUCUGGUAAUCUACUCAAGCUAGAUUUAGGUUUAGGAAAAUGGUUUUAGCUCCGCUGACAAACAAUAAACUCCAUUUCAACAUUUGA